AUGCUGGCCACGUAUCACCACUACAGCCUCAACAAGCAGCCAACACAACAGACCCACAGCCAACACAACAGACCCACAGCUCAACACAACAGACCCACAGCUCAACACAACAGACCCACAGCUCAACACAACAGACCCACAGCUCAACACAACAGACCCACUAGCUCAACACAGCAGACCCACAGCUCAACACAACAGACCCACAGCUCAACACAACAGACCCACAGCUCAAUACAACAGACCCACAGCUCAACACAACAGACCCACAGCUCAACACAACAGACCCACAGCUCAACACAACAGACCCAUAGCUCAACACAGCAGACCCACAGCUCCAAGCAACAGACCCACAGCUCAAUACAACAGACCCACAGCUCAACAGCUCACACAACAGACCCACAGCUCAACACAAGACCCACAGCUCAACACAACAGACCCACAGCUCAACACAACAGACCCAUAGCUCAACACAGCAGACCCACAGCUCAACACAAAAGACCCACAGCCAACACAACAGACCCACAGCUCAACACAAAAGACCCACAGACAACACAACAGACCCACAGCUCAACACACCCAGACCCACAGCCAACACAACAGACCCACAGCUCAACACAACAGACCCACAGCCAACACAACAGACCCACAGCUCAACACAACAGACCCACAGCCAACACAGACCCACAGCCAAUAUAA